AUGGCCAUGUCCUUUAGCGCUGCUUGUGCGUGGAAAUUUAACGUUUCAAACGUAACUUUACCUGAAAAUCGUACAGGUAAACAUGAGUCUUUUCAGCGUGUGUGGACUGUCUCCAGCAUUGCGCAGCUACAUCAGCUAUACCUCGCUGUUCCUGGCUCCGUCUUUGUGGAAUUAGAUCCGUCCUUACUGCCGUCGGCUGAGACUCCUGCGACAGAUGAUCCCGCUACCGAAACUCCUGGAGUACCUGGUGUUGUCCCGGGUCAAACUCCUGGUGUGAUUCCCGGUGUCGUUCCCGGUGCUGAACCUGGAUUUGUACCGGGUAAAACGCCUGCAGGAUCAUUCAACGGAUCCGACAAUGAAAGAAACAAUAGCAAUUUGCCAGUCGCGAUAAUUAAACCUCAGACGAUGAUGCUUGCGAAGCAUCAUCGUCAUUCUGCGGACGACGAUGAAGACCAGUUGCUGGUUAAUGAGACUGUCGUGGCCAAGAUCAUCAUUACAAGCAACUCGUGGGGAUUAUUGAACAUGAUUGAGGCUGCACCCUUGCAUCCUCGCCACAAUGACGGACUCAAGGUGCAUCUGAUGAAUGAGGACGCGAAUGCAAAGGGAUACGUACUGACGCAAAUUUACGUGUUUGACAAGAACUUGCUACGUCGUGUGACUACAGCCUUCUCGGGGGAUGUGGUGUUGAACGACGAUGUGAUGACGGUUGACGACAUCGAGGCGGACAUUAAGUUUGCGUGCGUGGGCAAAGGCAAUUUGUUUCUAAAGUCUAAAACAAAUGUGUCACUGAGCUCGCUGGAGAUUGAAGUAACGGGCAGCGGUCUGGUACAGUUAGAAAUGCCCUCGUUAAUUCUCGACACUGAACUGGACGUGGAAGUUACGGGCAGCGGUUCUGUUGCGCUAGUUACAGAUGCUCUGUCGGCAGAUGUGGUCAAGUCUACCCUUUCUGGCUCGGGUAAUAUUGUAGUGGAUACGAGCAAUCUAGUAGCUCAGCAACUUGAAGCCUCUGUCUACGGAUCUGGUGUUGCGAGCUUUGCUACCGCAGGAUCUGUCGAGAAGGAGUCUCUACAUUUGUCUGGUUCUGGACAGCUGCUUGCUGGAUCAAUUAUGGCAGCCAAGUCGAGCGUGAAUGUGUGGGGUAGCGGAGAGUUGCUUGUGCAGGUGACUGACAAACUAGCAGUGACGACGUCAGUGUGGGGCAAGGUGGGCUACGUGAACGCGCCGCCGUCCGAUAUCAAAAUUAAGGGAUGGUGGUUCUGGCGUGAGGCCAGUGCCAUUGUGUACCCUGCAGCGGUGAACAAGGUAGUGAUGUACCAACCGGCGCCAAUUCCAGCUAAACAUACCGUAUACUACUCCAUCAAGACAGCUAAAUCUGCGCUGUUUGAAGAUCCGAAUCACGCCUUUGUGUCCGCUGAGCCGUCUAAUGUGGCGGGUUUAAUCACCACGUCACUAUCAAACAUGCAACAGACUAGUGCGAUGUCGUCUCUCUCGCACGGCCUCUUCUACGCAUUCGUUGGUGCAGGCGUUGUGGUAGCGAAUGUGAUUGCUGCUCGUUCGUGGGCCGAACGUCGCGUUCGUGGCCAUUACUCGCGUCUCGUGUGA